AUGACUAGCGCUGUGCAACGCGAGUGCAUCGCCGGAUUACGAUUAUGCGAAUGCGAACAUCUGUACACGGCACGCGGCGGCCGCGCACUCAUGCAAACCGCGCUGCUACGUUUGUAUGGAGUAUGGAUGCCGGAGACGCACUUCCGUCUGAUCCAGAACAAAACCGAUGACGACACUGUGAACGUCAUUUGCGCAGCGGACGGGGCUUUCCCUGCCCCCAAUCUCACGCUUGCUACACCUGAGAGACGUCUAGAUGGCGUCUCCCAUAACCUCAAGAUGAUAAAUGGAAGAUACUCAGCAGUAGCAUCAGUGACUCUUCGGGACGCUGAUCUACCUUCGCCUGCAGAAUUCAUCUGCACUUUGAGGAUACCACAGGCUCAGUACGCUGUGAGAAAGGAGGCUAUUUAUUAUCCAGGUCCAAUAAGCACCACUCCGGAAAUGCCAACGGCUGCCGAUAUGCAGUUAGCUGCGGCUGUUGGUUCAAGAGGAGCAACUAUCUACUUAGCACUCACAACCAUGUUGCUGCCUGCUUUAGCUCAAAAUUUAGUGUCAUAAAAGGAAUUAAUAAAAAUAAUCAGAACAAGUCCCAAGGGUAGAAGCAACCUGAACACAAACAAGUGAAUAGUUAUAGACACCUAGUCGUAAAUCCAAAGCUACACCUAACCAAAUAUUCAUUCUAAUCACAGGCGUUUCACAAGGACUUGUCUUAGGUCUUUAAAAAAUUAUAAAUGUUCAUGCAAAGGCUUUUGUGUGUACUACAGUAAAUGAUUGC